UUUCUCUCAACACAUUCCGCACACGCUAGAGAAGAGAAGGAUGGAGUUAUCACUCAUGGGAGCACAGCAUUUUCAAGCAAUCAGCGGGACCUUCAUGGAUUCUCCAUAUAAUGGCAGCACAUCCCUUCAGACUUCCACCUCUAACCUCAACAUGAGCUUCUCCCAACCAGCUGAGCAGGAAGAGGAGGGCAAGUUCUCCAGCGAUGCAAUCUGGCUGUGGGUGGCUGUCAUUGCAACCAUUGGCAACAUAGUGGUGGUAGCGGUGGUGUGUGCCUGUGCCUUUUAGACCCCGUAGUCUGUAAGAACACAGCCUGCUCCUGACUCUUUACCCUUAGCACUCAUUAGUAUGCAGCAACCUUGAUCUCUUCUUUCUCCUGAGAUAUCCCUGACAGUCAUGUCGAGUGAAUGAAGUUGAAUU